AUGAGUGAGAUUGUGCUUAAAGAUGAUAAAAAUGUUAUAAUUGAAAAUAUGUAUUACAGUUGUAGAAGUGUUACUAUCAGACAAAAGUAUUGUGAAAUAUGGAAAAUUAAAAAACGACAGAUGAUGAUUGACAUUAAUUUAAAUAAAAUUACAGAAGAAGAAAAGAAAUUGAUUAUUAAGUGUGUUGAAUACUACCAAGAUACAUUCCAAAUAUAUGACUGUAUUUCUCCAGUUAAUCAUUUCAUUUUCACAAGAAGUAAUCAAAUAGAACAUCUCAUUCUUUUCACUCCUCUUCCACUUAAAUCUCAACUAAAUGAAUACUUUUCAUCUAAUUCGAGAAUUAGUGGAAGUGAAAAACAAUUACAUUCUACCACCAUUAUUACUCUACUCAAUAUUCUUAAAAAUAAAUCAUUAAUUCAUAAAGUAAUUCUUAGUUAUCAACAACUCAAUAUAUCUCUCUUUGAAAUUGACUCAAGUCCAUUCCCAUUAAUACAAUUAACUCCAUUAGCAUUUAUUAAUCAAAUUCUUACUCCCCUACAAUCUAAUAUUCCAAAUAAUUGUAGUUAUUGUCAAGAUCGGACUAAAAAACUCACACGUCUUCAACUUGAGAGUAUUAAUUCAUUAAUGUCCUUAGUACAAGUAAAUCAAUGUUCUAUCAUAGAAACUAUAAACAGUUAUACUGAAUUUGAACGUGAAUUAGAAAAACUUUCUAACACAAUAAAAAAGAUUUCCUCUAAGAAAAGUUCAUCAUCAGUGAAAGAAAUCAUUGUAGAUGAUUAUUAUGUUAUUUCAGAAAUUGGUAAGGGAAGUUUUGGAACAAUAUUUAAAAGUAUUGAAAAGAGUAGUGGAAAAGUAGUUGUUUUAAAAGAAAGUUUUAAUGAAAAAAGUGAUAACUUAAUAAAAGAAGAACGAAUUAUGGAAAUGUGUCAUCACCCUAAUAUUAUUAAAUGUUAUGGUUAUUCUACAUUAUAUAAUAGAAAAACUGAAAAUAAUUAUUUAAUGAAUGGAAGUUGUAUUGCAUUAGAAUAUUGUAAAUUUGGUAAUUUAAGUGAUUUUCUUUCAAAAAAAAUAAUGAAAAAUGAUAGACUAUCUUUUGGUCAAACUAAACUUGUUUUUGGUCAAAUUGUAUCUUCAUGUAUUUAUUUACAUUCUGUAUUUGGUAUUAUUCAUCGUGACAUUAAAUUAGAAAACUUCCUUGUUUAUGAUGAGUUUCCUUCUAUUAUUAUUAAACUCUGUGAUUUUGGUGUUGCAUUGAAAGCUACAAAAGACAUGGAGUAUGGAGUUGGUUCUCCAUUAUAUGCUGCUCCAGAAAUUGUAUUUCAACAAACAUACAAUGAUAAUAGUGAUUUAUAUUCAUUAGGAAUUGUUUUGUAUUACUUAAUAUAUCUUCAAUUCCCUUUCAAAAUUAAUUCACUAAAUGAACUUAAAGAAAGGUAUCUUCUUAGUGAGAACAUUGACUUUUUAUGGACAGAAAAUAAGAAAGAAUAUGUUCUUCUUGUUGAUUUACUUAAAAAACUUAUUGUUUUUGAACGGAAAAAAAGAAUGACAUGGGACCAAUUUAAAACUCAUCCAUUCGUUGUUGAUUGUUUAAAACAAAUAACCUUUGUUCAUUAA